ACCCGGCCGCCUCCUUCUCAUCGCCGCUCCGAACCCUCUCCCUACUCCCAAAAUGCCCCCAUCCCUUCCAAACUUCUCCCUGUCUACUCGCCUCCUCCUUCUAGCGCUCAUCAUCGUCUUCCUCGUCACAUUCCACCUUCACCGCUCCCCUAAACCCUCUUCCCUAAAUACCCUUAUCCCUCAUCACUUAGGCGGCACCGGCGGUGGUGGGGCCACGGCCGACCCAUGCCGACUUUUCCUCUCUUUCUCCGCCACCGCGAACUCAUCCAUCUCCUCACACCUACGCGCCCUCACCCGCGAGCCCCACCUCGCCGGAACCCCCUCCGCCGCCGCUGCCGCUGACUAUGUCCGCACUCACCUCGAGCUCGCUGGCCUGGAAUCCCUAACUCGAAACUACUCCGUCCUCCUUUCUUACCCAGCAGCAGCCUCACUUUCCCUUCUCCUCAACGGAACCCUAGUUAAGACUCUCUCCCUGGCCGAGCCGGCCGAUCCCACUGCCCGCGCAGUCGCACCCUACCACAGCUACUCCCCCUCCGGCGCUGCGGUUGCGCUUGUGGUAUAUGCGAACCUCGGCCGUGACGAGGAUUAUCUUGUGCUCGAUCGCCUUUCCGUUGACGUCCGUGGAUGUGUGGUGCUGGUGCGGAGGGGCGGCGGGCCUAGAGGAACUAUUGUGGAAGCAGCGGCGGCGAGGGGAGCUGUGGUCGUGCUCAUGUUUGGGAACGGUGUUGGCGGAGGAGUCGAGAGGGGCACCGUCCUCCUGGGCGGCCCCGGUGAUCCACUUACUCCUGGCUGGGCUGCCAACGCAUCCGCAGAGAGGUUUAGGUUUGCGGAUGCGGAGGUGAGGAAAAGGUUUCCGAAGAUACCAUCAAUGCCUGUGUCGACUGUUACUGCAGUGGAGAUUCUGGGGGCAAUCGGUGGCCCACCGGCUCCCCUGGAGUGGAAGGCUGAGAUGUCGGCGGUGGUGGGCGUUGGUGGGGGGUCCACGAUGGUCAACUUCACUUAUCAGGAAGACAGGAAAUUGGCAGAGAUCCAAAAUAUCAUUACGAUUAUAAAGGGGUGUGAGGAGCCUGACCGUUAUGUUAUUCUCGGAAACCAUAGAGAUGCAUGGACAUAUGGUGCCGUGGACCCUAACAGUGGAACGGCUGUUCUCCUUGAUGUUGCCAGUCGUUUUGGUGCUCUGCUACGGUCGGGAUGGAGGCCUAAGAGAACUAUUAUCCUAUGUAGUUGGGAUGCAGAGGAGUUUGGAAUGAUUGGAUCUACUGAGUGGGUGGAGCAGAACCUGGAAAAUUUAGGUUCGAAGGCAGUAGUCUAUCUAAAUUUGGAUUGUGCAGUUCAAGGUCCUGGCUUCUUUCCUGGUGCAUCCCCCCAACUGGACAAGCUUUUGAUUGAAAUCAUGAAACAGGUGACCGACCCAGACUCUGAAGGCAUCACUGUAUAUCACACUUGGGUAGCGAAAAAUGGUGGAGUAAAUAAGAUUGAGAGACUUUCCAGAGCUGAUUCAGAUUUCACUGCAUUCCUGCAUCAUGCUGGAGUUCCUGCUACGGAUAUUUAUUUCGGAGAAGACUACCCUUUUUACCAUACAACCCUUGACACAUAUGAGUGGAUGGAAAAACAUGGAGAUCCAUCAUUUCUUCGUCAUGUGGCAACUUCUGAAAUUUGGGGACUUUUGGGCCUUCGCCUUGCAGAUGAUCGCAUCUUGCCUUUUGAUUACAACUCCUAUGCCAGUCAAUUACUGGAACAUACAAAUGCUCUCACAGCUUUGCUUGAUGGUUUGAAGAUAAAGCCCAUAUUUGCAUCCAUACGGCAGUUUACUGCUGCAGCCAAAGCAGUUCAGGAUGAAGCAAAGAUGUUUGAAGUGCAAGGCGUAGCAGAUGUUGCUUCAUGUCUAAGACGGCGGGCUUUUAAUGACAAGCUAAUACUUGCAGAGAGAUCCUUCUUGGACGCAGAGGGCCUCAGAGGUCGGCCAUGGUUUAAACAUUUGCUGUAUUCUCCUCCCAAGGAUUCUGCUAGUAAGCUUUCUUUCUUUCCUGGCAUAGCUGAUGCAAUCUAUGAUGCUAAGAACUCAAUUAAGGGCGAGGAAUCGAAUAUAGAUCAUGAGAUUUGGCGAGUUGCUCGAGCCAUUCGACGAGCUGCAGAUGUUCUUCGAGGCGAACUCACUUGA